GUUGGCUGAAGAAUACCUUUGCAAAUAAAAAAGACGAAUAAGGUCGCGUAUUUAGAAUCGUAUAGGUCAAGAAACAAAAUCUUUUGUGCAAGAAUUGCGACUAUCUGUAAGAGUACAUUCAUAUUUACUACGAAAUUAAGAAAUCAACAGGCAUUCUUUAACGAUUUACCAAGAACAAAACAAGCAAACAAAAAAAAGAGAGUUUGUUCACUGUGGUAUAUGAAGGCAAGGCUAUAAGUCGAAUUGUUUACGUUUAUACGUAUAUUGUACCAGUAUUCGAUAUAGAAUUGGGACUUGGCAUUGCUAAACCAAUAAACACUCAAGCAACUGUCAAAAGACUUGCAAGCUAAGUGAGGCUGCACUAGUCCCAUGGCCUCUCAGUUAAUCAAUCAAGGCUGAUAAAGGUUUUAAUGGUUAAAACAUGUUCAAGACGUACAUACAUACUCAAAGCAGUCAAAAAUUACCAAUCAACCCCCUCCAAUUCUCAACAUUAAUCUGGUUUCAUACGAGGACUUUCCUCUAGACCUUAAAGGGGAUAAAGAAAUCAAUACAUUUUUCUACAAAAAAGAGACUGUAGUCGUUGGAAUUGCUUAAGUCGUGAGAAUGGAAUCUGAGCUGGAAGAUACUCGAGUUGUAUAGAACUGCCUCUGGUAGACUUAUGCUGAUUCUACACCACACAUACCCGCAAUUGAAUUACUGUUUAUGAAGUAUGCGGCUAUGCAGCGUCCGGCGAAACGUCAGAAAAUGCAGUCCAACCUUGUUUGUCUUAAUUCCAUUGCUUUUCUGGCUUUCAUUUGAAAUUCAACAUCCACGGCCGGUUGUGAAAAUCUCAGCCCCCUUCAACAACCACCGACCUUUGCAAUACGUUCAUACGGAAUUGUCUUUAAAAGGUCGUCCAAGAAAAGGAUGUCCAAUUUUUCUGAAUGCUACUCACAUCAUAAGAUUUUCAGGUGUAGAAGAGGUGAAGGAAGACGGUGUUUUAUGUGAAUGCAAACCCCCUUUAAACACUACAGAUGUACGAAAGAAAAAACUGAAGUUUAUGGUUUCUUUUUAUCCUUUGGAAUUAAAUUUCGAUGAGCUCAUAAAAGUGCGACUUGAGGGAAGAAAGAUAAUAAACGAACCCAUCAAUUCACACGACUUCAGUUAUAUCCAUACCGGAGAGAACGUCUGUGACGGCUCCUCCAUAUACCUUCUUCUGGUCAUCAAAUCUAGUGUAGGAAAUUUCAGGAACCGACAGACCAUCAGGAACACUUGGGGUAAUGUGGACAACUAUGAAGGAGUUCGGAAAGUGUUCCUUCUAGGUUACAACCACGGUGUUCAGAAACAAGUAGACAAUGAAGCUUUGGAGCAUGGGGACAUAGUACAAGAAGAUUUUUGGGACCAUUAUUCCAACAUCACCUUUAAAACGAUUAUGGGCAUAAACUGGGUUGUGCAGUACUGUCCCAAAGCCAAGUUUAGCUUUUACGUAGACGAUGACGUGUUCUUGAUUUUAAACAAUCUUAAAAAAUUAAGGAAAUCGACGUUCAGGGAAUCUGGAUUAAUGCUUGGGAAGGUUCUCUCUUCCUCCACACCGUAUAGAGACAACACGUCCAAAUGGUUCGUGUCGUGGGAGGAUUACCCCUUUGACAAAUACCCCAAAUAUCUGGCAGGUUUUGCAUAUCUUAUGACUGCUGAUGUUGUGAAGAGAUUUUCCUUGGCCAUUCCCUAUAUUCAACCUAUACCGAUUGACGACACCUAUUUAGGAAUUGUCGCCGAGAAGCUGAAAAUUCCGCUCAAGAACCAGUACGGGUUUCUAAUGCGGAAACCCGGCCCGGUGUCAUACUCAGCUCCCAAACUUAAUUUUCUGAAUACGAUAGCAUUUCAUAGAAUAUCGUCCCCAGAAUCAAUGAUGCAGACUUGGAUGGAAUAUUGUAGACAACCUAAAGCUGCAUGUCAAAAUUAGCCAAAGACGAAUAAAGUUUACUAUAAAUUCAAACCAAUACAAGGUCUAUUCCAUCGGUGGAGAAAACAUUCGCACGGUGGAUACGUAUGUUUAAUUGACUGCUUCAUAUCGAUGCAACUUCAUUUCAUUGAUUGAAAGAUAUUAUGAAUAUCGCUUUUAAUAUUUGCAUGUUCCCAUAUUCAUCUGUUAUGUGUGUCUGGGAUGACGUCUUUUACCGCUUUAAAUAGCACUUUAAUCAUCAGUAAUGUGUUACUUUACGGCGUAUUUUGUUUAACUUCACCGUUGAUGGCAAUUUCCAAUAUAUGCAUAAUCGUAUAAAACAAACAUUAAAAUUGAUAUCACU